ACAGCCAAGGUGUUUGGAUAAGCUACCUCGGAGCCCUUUCUACUUCCGGGAAAAUGGCGGUGGCCUGGAGAGGUGCUUUAGCGACUGCUGCUCGAGGUUGUUUGCGGGGCGCGGCGGCUGCGCUGAGAGCCCCCAGGAGCCAUAAGCGGGGGAUGGGCCUGUGGGUGGCCGCUGCUGUGGCAGGAGGUGUCACGUUGGCAGCCUCGCGUAAAGGGUGGACCGGCGGCGUCCUGACAGUCCUGGCUCAGAAAGAAGAUGUUCAAGAUGACGAGAUGGCUGAAAAGCUCUCCAUUCGAAAGAGACGCUUUAUGCAGUUUGCUUCCUUGCAGUAUGAUGGAGAAUAUUACAUGACUCCGAGGGACUUCCUGUUGUCAGUGAUGUUCGACAAACCGGGGCGUAAAACUUUGGCCAAGAAACUGACAAAAAAGGAGGUAGAUGCUACACUUGGAAAUGUUGCAAAGGCAAAACCAGGGGCAACCUUUUUUAGAGACCUUGGAGAUAAAGGUCUGAUCUCCUACACAGAAUACCUGUUUUUGCUAACGAUACUCACAAAACCACAGACUGGUUUUCAUAUUGCUUUCAAAAUGUUGGAUGCAGAUGGAAAUGAACAAGUAGAGAAAAAAGAGUUCUUUAAGCUUCAGAAGAUAAUUGGGAAGCAAGAUGAGCUGAAAGCAGCUUCAGGAGAUGAAAUAGUACGUCAGGAGCCAGAAUUGGAAGGUUCUGAUAUUAACACCAUGUUGUUGGUCCACUUCUUUGGAAGAGGAGGAAAAGAGAAACUUCAGUAUUGUGAAUUCUGCAGAUUUAUGCAGAAUUUACAAACGGAGGUUCAAGAAAUGGAAUUUAUCCAGUUUUCCAAAGGUCUCAGCUUCAUGGCAAAAGAGGACUUCAUAGAGUGGUUGUUAUAUUUUACUAAUGAGGAAAACAAUGAAAUUUACUGGCAAAAUGUGAAGGAGAGAAUCCAACCAGGAGAGUGUAUAAGUGCAGAGGAAUUUAAGACUUUCUGCCAGUUCACAAACCGCCUUGAAGACUUUUCAAUUGCCUUGAAAAUGUUUACUGUAGCAAACCGUCCUGUUAAACAAGCUGAAUUCAAAAGAGCUGUGAAAGUGGCUACAGGGCAAGAGCUCUCAGAUAAUGUUUUGGACACCAUCUUCAAGAUCUUUGAUCUCGACGGAGACAAUUGCCUCAGCCAUGCAGAGUUUCUUGGAGUUCUGAAGAACAGGAUGCAUCGAGGUUUAAGGGUUCCUCAGCAGCAAGGAGUCCAAGGCUAUUGGAAAUGCGUGAAGAGAGAGAGCAUUAAAGGAGCCAAAGAAGUCUGGAAACAAACUGGGAAAAGUCCUUUUUAAAAACAUCCUUAAAUACUCCAUCUUAGUCCUACGUGUCUAGAUUUACUUCUUUUUAAGUAUUACUGUUUAUAUGCUGGUGACAGUAAAUACAGUAUAGUACAAACAUUUCAUGCAGCUAAUACUGAAAGUAUUGAUUUUUCUCACUGUAACUUCACUUCUGUACGUUCAGGCUUGCCUGCAGGACUGUAACAGUACCUACCUGAGCAGUUAUACCUUCUAAGUCCAUUGACGUCUACAGGCUUAGAAGAGCAUAAUUCUGCUCAGGUAAUUCCAAUUCUCAGAGAUCUACCUUAUCAGAAUUCUUGUGAUGAUCGGAGUGCGCCGGGAAUUCAAUACAAGUUGCAGUUCUGAAUAUGCUGCGGGAAGACGCUAAAUCUUGUUCACCGUGCCCGAAAAUCUAAGAUGCCAAGGGCUAGGGAGAACAAAGCAUGAAACCUACACCUUUGGAGUGAAUUUCAUUCUUUUAAAACUGGUCUUGAAAUUAUAGAUUAGUGGCCCCUCUGACUUCACUAGCUCUGACUGAUUUCAAGAUUGCAACAUCAGUAAAUUGCAGUAAGUUUGUACUGGAAUGCCACUUCUGAAAUGCAGUUUCGAAGUUUUGCCCAGAAAAGCUUGUUUUGUGCGUGAAUUAUAUUUUAAUAUAUUCCUGCGUUUUUGUUCCUUGUAAUUUAUACCACUGUGGUUACCCUUGCAAUUGUGGUAGACUUUGGUUCUCAGUCCAGACUGGAAAUAUGGAAAUGUUUACAUAAAGUCGCAAUCUGUAAAUCUGUAAAUAUAGACUAAACGCUUCUGUGAAACAAAGUCUCUUCCUCUGGAUACAAAUGCAAUGACUUAUGCUUCUCUGGUUUAUCCUCUCGGUGACAAAAAAUGCAAAAGAUUUGCGGUCCUUUUGAAAUGCUCCAUUAGUACUGACAUCUCUUCACCUCAGAUGUUUCAUAACAUCGUUUUCCUUGUUUAGGUAUAAAAUAGCACAUUAUACUCCCGGUCUCUUUCCCCUAAUUUAGACUUUUGGGGACGUUUUUAUAAGAUCUGAUAGGGAUCGUGGGCAAUGAAAGGGCUUCAGUCGCAAUGCCUGAGCAUGCUGUGAUGUAAGGUAGCCUACUCAACAGCAUUUUGUUGCAAAAUCAGACAAGUGCCGUUGUGGCAUGGUCCUCGGUCUACCACUAACUAACUGGCCACCCUUUGUUCUCUUUUGCAAUUCUAAUCACUGUUUGCAACUAACACAAAUAUGUUAUCUAGCUUGCUAAUUUACUGGGUGGGGUGGGGUGUGGGGGAGAAUCCACAGAAGACAGCCCAAAAAUAGCCUAACUUGAAAUGAGUGUGUGUUAGCUAACAGAAGUAAUGAAGAGUAAUCCAUGGUGGCUGGUUGCCCCCAGUUAAAGAUAACCCCCUAAGCCUCUAAUUGCCAAUUCAGAGGCAGGCAAGGGUGGUGGUAGCAAAGAGACUUGCUGGCAAUCCAUUGCAGGGAUGGUGACAUUCUCCAUUCUCCAGGCUAGCCGUCAUUCUCCAUCUCUCCUCAGUGACCUUCGUGCACAACUAGCUGGUGAGUGGGCCAUGAGCAAUGAAGGCAAUUUUUAAAUGUUCCCUGUAAUUUAAACUUUUUCUUAUCUGCAGUUGUUGUUUUGACUGCAUGUGCGCAUGUCUUCAUGGUUAGGGAAUAUUAUACUUUUUAAGAAUUCUUGUGGCUCAUACAAGAGAGCCAGCAUGGUGUAGUGGUUAAGAGCAGGUGCACUCUAAUCUGGAGAACCAGGUUUGAUUCCCUGCUCUGCCACUUGAGCUGGAGGCUUAUCUGGUGAACUAGAUUAGCUUG